AAUAGAGAGCAAAAGGCAGGGAAGCUCCACAGCAGCAGAAUGGAAAGCAGCAGCAGAAUAGAAAGCAAGGAGCAGAAAAUCCUUGAGAAACUGGAGGAAGAAGAGGAAGAAGAGGAAGAGGAAGAAGAACUUAGUUCCUUUAAUCUCAAGGAAGAGGUCCACGACUUGGAGGACAAAUUGUCACAGAUCCAAGUCCACAUUCCUGAAGUUGUCUAUGAAUUUGACUGGAGUUCCAUCGACACCUCCAAUUUGCCAGAAUCCUACAAGACCAAUUCCCCCAAGGAGCAGCUGCUACUGCAAGUGGCUGACAAUUUUUGGCGGCAAUAUGCGCACCUCUGCCCUGACCGCGAGCCGCUCUUCCUGCACCCUGUGAAUGAAUGCAGUGUGGAAAAAUUCGUGAGCACUACAGUUCGCCCAACCCUGCUCCCCUACUCCGAGCUGUAUGACUGGGAUAGCUGUGCCCGUUUUGUGUCGGACUACCUAACCAUGGAGCCUCUUCCCUCUCCUAUUGCACCGCCGAGUUACCUGUACUCCCCAACCACGAUCCUUCGGUACCAAAGAGGGAACUGCUUUGACUUCAGCAACCUCCUGUGCUCUUUACUGAUUGGCGCAGGUUACGAUGCCUACUGUGUGAAUGGUUAUGCCACCCGGGAGAUAUGUAUGAUGGAUGAGACCAGAGAGGAGUGCCCGCUCUUACAGAAGGAAGAAGAGGUCACAGUGGAAGCUGUACAAGUGAAGCCCAAGAAGUAUGCCAUCAAACCUCUGCGGGACCUGCGGAGCAAAUUCGAGUUGCAGCAGGCGGCCAAGGUGGUAGCGAAAGAGCAGGCUGCCGAGGAGAAGAAGCAGAAGGAAGAAGAAGAAAAGACUGUGCAAGCUGAGAAGCCCAAUCCAGACAAGCUGUACGGCCUGCGGGUCCAUGCCUGGGUUCUGGUUCUUUCAGGCAAGCGCGAGGUGCCAGAGAGCUUCUACAUCGAACCUUUUACAGCAAAAAGCUACGAUACCAAGAAUGAACUUUUCCUUGGCAUUGAAAGUGUCUGGAACCACAAGAACUACUGGGUCAACAUGCAGGACUGUUGGAACGGCUGCAAGGAUCUCGAGUUUGACCUUGGAGACCCGGUGCGGUGGGAGUUCAUGCUGCUGGGCACCGAUAAGCCUCUCCUCUCACUGCCAGAAAUGGAGGAGGAGGAAGAACCCGAAGAGGAAGUGGAAGACUUGAUUAAGGAAGAGGAAUCCAAGGCCUUCGACAUGCCAGCAUCUUGGGUUCUCCCAAUCCGAAUAACUCCAAAAGAAUUUGAGAUGCGCUGUCCCCAGGGCAAGAAGGAGAUUCUGUACAAGAACGCCAAACUAGAGAAAUGGGCACCUUACCUGAACAGCAACGGAUUGAUCAGCCGUCUGACUCUCUAUGAGGAUCUCGAUUAUUCCAAAGUGCUGGACGUGAAGGAAUGGUUCAAGAACCGAGAAGACACGAUGGAGAGGAGAGAACUGAAUAAGCAAGCAGAAGUGACUACUGAGUACUUUGCCCCCGGACACGUGCAGGGUCUCAAAGCUCACACAUACAAGACGAUGGAGCCUGAGACAGAACGCACCAUGGAAUUUUACAGUGAGACACGGGUGGACGGCCUUCAGAAACGAGUCGAAACGCCCACAGACAUGGAAGAAUAUUUUGAAGGACGAUCAGAUUUCCUGUGGUACCGGCACACUGAAUUUGGCAAAAGGACAAAGAAAGCGCCCAAUACACAGGUUAACACAGAAUCCAAUGCCCGGCCAAUUUUGAAAAUAACAGAGAGGUUCCACAGGAAUUCAGAGAAACCAGCAGAUGAAGAUGUGGCCGAACGCAUCUUUUUGAUCCUAAAGGAAAAAAUCCUCUUGACCUAUCACUACAAGAAGAAUUACAUCACUGCCUCAACAAGGGAGUUCAACAAACGGUCAGAUGUGGACACCACUGGUAAUAAGAUCAUCAUGACCCGGGAUAUGUGCAUCAGCUAUCAGGCAGGGUUAACUGACAAAGAGGAGAAGUUGUUUCAUCUGUAUGAAAUGAUGCUACGCCUAAUGGAAGAGGAGAAACUCUCCAAGCACCAAGUCUGGGAGUCUGAAAUGGAGGUUCUAGACAUUCUGAAGAUUCGAGAGGAAGAAGUAGCAGCCAGCAAGUUAACUGUGUCCAUUUACGAUACGGAGAGGAAUGAGAAGAGCAGAGAACAGAGAGAAUUAAUGGAGCGCCAGCUGCAAGAGGAGCGCCAGCGGCAAGUGGAGCAGGAUCUGGACUACCUGGCGCCUUUCCUGAUCCAGAUGGGCGGGAUUGAGAAGAUGACCAAGUGGCUCGCCCUGCGCCUCAAGGAGGACUGCAUGAAUGACUUCAAGCACCACCUUGUGGACAAGGCCAACCUCAUCCAAGCCCGUUUCGAGAAGGAAACCCAGGAGCUUCAGAGGAAGCAGCAGUGGUACCAACAGAACCAACUCAACAUGACCUUGGAGGACGAGGAUGCCUACUUAAGCUACUGCUCUGAAGCCAUGUUCCGCAUCCGCAUCUUAGAGAACCGUCUCAAUAGGCAUAAAGAAAGAGCCCCACAGAAAUACAUAGCACUGGACGAGAAAUUGUGCAACGACCCUCGCCUGGCUGAGUUUGUCAAGUUUUCUUGAUUUACUUCACGCUCAGAUGUCAGUGGGGGUGGCCGUGGAAACAUCCCCGAGCUUUAUUGGCAGAAGAACGCAAGUUACAAGGAUCCACAUUAAGUUAUUUUUUUGUAUUAGAACUCCAGAAAAGAGUAUUGGGGACUUGGGGAAACAACAGACAUCUCAGGUCAGGUUUGCAUGUUCCAUGUACAAGUGCAUAACAAAAGCCGUGUGGAUGCUUUUUUUGAGGGCAGGGGGGCAGUUUAGAGAAACGAAUCCACAGGCUGUGCAUGGAAGAAGGGUAUACACAGAUGGACAUAUAUCACAGCUUCUCCACUCCAGGAAUGCCAACUCUGCUCAGGACAGCACGGCAUAUGAUCCUUUCUCAUAAAUGGGGCGCAUGUUAUGCAUGAUUGCAAUUAAGUAUUCGUAUCUGUCUCAUGCAGCAGAUCUGACCCUAGUAAAUGUUCUCUUUAUGCA